AUGAUUAAGAAAAAUAAUAUUAUCUCAAAUAUUACUACGUAUUCUAGAAACAACAGGAAUGCAGAUAAAUUUUUAGUUAUUAUCGAUUUAAUACAUUCAAAGAAAUACUAUAAGAAAGAGAAAAUGAGGACAUUUUCUUUCCCUAUAAAAUUUUUUAUAUUUACUUAUUUAAUUUGGAUAUUACAUUGCUUUAAUAAUAGUACUUCAUGUAAAUUAUGGAUUAAGAAGCACCGUCUAGAAAAUAUUUUAAAUUUAAAAGCUAACAGAUUCUUGUCAGAAAAUGAAAAUGAACCGGAAUCAAAACUUGAGUUUGAAAUAAAAAUUUUAGAUGUAAUAGAAGACAUGCAUAUGAGGCCGAAUGCAUCGGAAGCAACUUCAAAAUUUGAAAUACAAAAAAUAGAUCCAGACAAUGAAACAAAAGUAAUGCAAAAAAAAAAUUAUGAAAAAAAAGUUUCCAGGAAUAAAUUAGAAAUGUGUAAACAUAUCUUAUAUAUAUCUUACUUAUAUUCUAUAGUUAUUCUUCCAUUACCUUUAGUUGCGUUAGCUUCUUAUAGUUUUAUUGUUGAUAGUUCAAUAUGGGAACUAUAUAAGUCAUGGAUAAUGUUAGUUGCUAUCAAUCUUUUUUUAAAUUUAAUUAAUAUUAUGUAUUUAUAUAAAAAUAAGAAAAAUAGAUGA